AUGGGCCACACGGUGAUGGCGAUGAUCGCCGGAUUAUCGCCAUUUGGGGCCUGGUUUCGGCCUGAGAAGGAACGAUACAACAUGGAGAUGAUGAUUGAGUGGUCGGAGCGGCAAGCCGCGCACCUGCCGUAUCAAAAGGCGGAGGUUAAACUGUGGUACCUCAUAACUAGCUACAAACGACACCGCUACGAACAAGAAAAUCUUAUUGACAGGUUUUGUGGGCCUGACCUCGGAGUUCCGCAAGUUUUUUUUUACCACGACGACGUGUGGCGUCCGCUGUUGCACGAUGCGCUUAUGCACCUGUACGCGAAAUUUGGUGGCCCCUUGUUCAGAUAUAACUGGACGAUUGGGUACUUUUAG